GACGCCAUGACAGGUCACGUGAUGUAAAUUUAUGUUGGGCAUGCGCGACAUUGCCGAAUAUUUUUCGAGUGAUUUUAAAACGUGCGAAAAGAUUCUCAGUGAAAAUAUAAAAUGCAGUGGUUGUGAGCGUAGCGGUGGCGCGGUCAGUGUUGUGGUAGCAAGGUUCGGUGCCGGCUAGUUUUGUGCAAUGACAGUUAUUUGGGUGCGGACACUCGGUUACGUGGCUAAGGUGAAAUUUUUGGAUUUGAUUCAAGGAUAAACGACGUUUAACGAUGGCGCAUUACCCGCAGCCGGCGUCGCUGGAGGCCGCGCUGCCGCUGCUGAGCCGGCCGGACCUACGGCUGCGGCAGUUGCUGGGUGAGCAGCUAGUUGCGCUCGUCCGCCGCGAACCAGACGUCACAUUUGAUAUCGCGGCGCAGUUGCUCGAUGCGCUAGUGGCUUGGCUUAAUGGUGGCAACUUUAAGAUUGCGCAGAAUGGGCUGGAAGUGAUGACGGCUCUGGCGGAGCGUAUGGGACCAGACUUUUCAAACUUUGUGCCUACAGUCCUACCUCAUAUUAUUGACAGAUUGGCUGACACAAAAGAAUGCGUGCGUACCGCAGCCCGUACGUGCUUGGCUGCUUUAGGUACGAGCCGUGCGGUUGCCCCGCGCACAUUGCUGGCGCGGCUUACCCCUGCGCUACAGCAUAAGGCUGCGCAUACCAGGGAGGAGACUCUGCGCUGUAUAGGAUCACUGCUUGAAGCACACGGCGCGGCGGACCUGCAGCUGCGGACCGCAGUGCCGACAUUGGCUGCGCUGGUGGGAGACCCCAACAGUGCGGUGCGAGAUGCCGCCAUGCAACUCCUCGUUGAUGUCUACAGACACGUCGGUGAAAAACUACGAUAUGAUUUGAAGAAGAAGGAACUGGUGCCAGCUCAGAAGAUGGCACUUUUAGAACAGAAGUUUGACGAGGCGAAGGAAGCCGGAUUAUUGCUGCCUACAGCUGUAGACGAGACUGACUUCGUAUCUCGUAGUGUGAAACGCACGAUGACGAUCCCGACGUCCGCGCGCCGUGAAGACUGCUCGCCCGCGUCUACCCCAGCGUACGAGCCUCCGAAGAGGACGGUGGCGGGCCUCUACAGCCUGCCCUCUUCUAACAGGAAACCUCCUCCUCCCGCCAAGUUACAGAGUGCUGGAGCUGGAUCCAGCAGCGGUGUGGCGGGCAGUGGUGAGGCGGGCGCGGUGUCCAGCGAGGCGUUCGAGGCUGCGUUCGCGGCCACCGCUCCCGCUGCUAUCUACGGUGCUCGUGGACUUGAUGAUCUCUUCCGGCACGCGGCUGCGUUGCUAGGCGACCGCGCAGCUGACUGGGAGCGACGUGUUGAUGCGUUGAAGAAAAUACGUUCGCUGCUGACUGCGAAUGCGCACGUGCAGUAUCCGGUGGAGUUUUCGGCACAUCUCAAGGAGCUGGCGGUGCCCUUCCUAGUCGUCAUCAAAGAUCUCAGGAGCCAGGUUGUGAGAGAGGCGUGUAUAACGAUAGCUCACAUGGCAAAAGUGUUGAAAAACAAAUUGGAUCAGUUCAGUCUGUACAUAAUGCAAGAAGUUAUCAAUCUGAUACAAAAUGCUGCUAAGGUGAUGUCGUCAGCGGGCACGAUCUGCCUGCGCUACGUGGUGGUGCACGUGCACUCGCCGCGCCUGCUGCCGCCGCUUGCCACCAACCUCACCACGCACAAGUCCAAGGAGAUACGAUCCACGCUCAGUGAGCUGCUGGUGGUGCUGCUGGAGCACUGGUCGACCAGCUGCAUAGAGAAGCAGCAGCAGGUGGUGCGCGACGCCAUCCGCCGCUCCUGCACAGACGCUGACAGCACCGCGCGCAGCCACGGACGCAGGGCAUACUGGGCAUACAAACGUCACUUCCCCGAGGACGCGGAGCACCUGUUCCAGCAGAUGGACCCCGGAGCACAGAAACAGAUCGACAGAGAGAGGGUCGGCAGCGUUGACAGUCUGCACCAUGUCGGCACUGAAAGGAGAGCGCUCAUCAGUCCCAAGAGUCCGUCUGCAAGUGUUUCGGCUUCCACUGAAAACUUGGUGUCCGGCUUGAGUAGGACCAACUCGUUAAGACGACGUCGCGCCUCACAAGAGAGACCUCCGAUAUCACAUAUACCUGUUGCUAUGAGAGAACGUUCCCCGGGUGCGGGGGGUAUGGGCGGGGCGGCGCGCAGCGUGUCCGCACUCGACUCGGCGGCGGCGCAGCGAGCACGUGCACGCGCGCUCUACUCGCACAUGAGCCGCGCCAAGGUCACCGCCGGCACUGCCUCCCUGCCGCGUGUGAAACGGUCUCCAGUAAGCGCUGCAGUACCUCCCAGCCCCGAGCGCACCGCGGCCCGCUCGCGCUCCAGACCUGGAGUGUCACAGUCACAACCGACAUCUCGUUCGUCGUCGCCGUCAUCUCGUAGCGGGCCGUUGUCGCUGUCGACGCGACGCCGACCCUCUGGUAUACCACGCUCCCUCGCCGGCUCCAGAGAGACUAGCCCCACCAGGAACGGUCGUUCGAGCAGUGCUAUCGGCGGAGUGCGGCGCCGUGAGUCUGUGGAGCGAGCAACACGUGCCCCCGCCGCCACGCUCCGUCUGCUGCAGCAGUCCAGGGAUGCGGAGGCCUCACUAAGAAGUCCCGAGGAUAGUUCGAUGUGCGACGACAGACGGCGCGACGAUGACUCUGAGGCGUCCAGCGUCUGCUCGGAGAGGAGUUUGGACUCUUACAGGAGACAUGAUAGUUCAUCAUGGUCGUGUCAAGGUUGGGAGAGCUCCCCGCCGCCGCCGCCGCCCCCCGACGAGAUCAUCGCGCUGUGUGCCUGCACGCACUGGACUGAGCGCAAGAACGGGCUCACUCAUCUCGCUAAUUAUUUAAACAGCGGACGUCUGUUAACGGAAGACCAGCUGCGUCGUCUAACAGAGCUGUUGAAUAAGAUGUUCGUGGACGCGCACACCAAGAUGUUCACUCUAUUGCUGGAUGCUGUUUGUGAGCUGCUGCUGGUGCACUGCGCGCAACUCAAAGAUUGGCUGUAUCAACUUAUGUUCAGGCUGCUGAUGAAGCUAGGCACAGACAUCUUGGGUUCCAUGCAGACAAAGAUUAUGAAGACAUUGGACGUGAUACACGAGUACUUCCCCGCCGAGCUACAGCUGCACAAUAUAUUCAGGUUCCUAGCUGACGGUGCGACCACACCUACAGCGAAGACGAAAGUGGCCGCGCUACGAUUCCUGACUGAUCUCGCACACGAGUACUGCACUCCCAGCAGCCUCGCACUGGCGCUCAAUGGUGGCGCUAGUGGCGCAGCUGGACGUGCGUUGUGCAAGGUGGCGGCGCUGGCGAGUGACCCGCGCGCGCCCGAAGUGCGCACAGGCGCUCGACGUGCACUCGCAGCGCUUUACGACUGCAACCCCGUGCCUUUUACGGCGUUAAUGAGCGAGUUGCCAGCUGAGACGCAAGCUCUGGUCAACAGUGUGGUCCAGCAGCACGUCCGGAGAACCUCGAGCACCGGCAGCGAGAGCCCGCUGCGCGCAGUAAGCAACAACGCGGCGGGCGGCGAGGACGUGUACUCGCGCAUACGCAAGACCACAUCUGAAAUACAUUCGUAUACAGCGCAGCAUGCUAAUGCGGAAUGCGGCAACCAUAUGUCGAGCAAGGACUCCGGCAUCAGUCAGAUGUCAGGCGCCACGCUCUCCAACAAGGGAACCAAUGGUACCAACGGCGCUAAUGGCGUGCCCAACGGACAUUACAGCGCUAACGAGACGAUAGCACGCGCUGCGUCCGCCGACAGCUCGGAGGAGACAGGCAGCACCAAGGAGUCCUCGCCAGUACCCCACGCGCACCAUCUCGCGCACCACGGGGAUUUGGCUCGCGACAAGAUAAAACCUUACGAAACAGACGAGAACGGAUAUAUUAUUACGAAAUGUGGUCUGAGGGAGCCGGAGGUACUGGAGGCGCUGUGCGGUCUGGACGCGGCGCAGGCGCAGCCCGAGCAGCUGGAGCGGCUGUUGCUGGCCACGCAUGAGCUGCUCAAGUACGGCGACUGCCGCAAGCCCUGCGAGUACUUCAAGAAUAUAGUGCGCGUGGCGCUGGCCGCGCUGUCUGUGGAGGAGGGUUCCGCAGACAAGGAGAACGCUGAUGGCGCCACCAACGCGGCCAACGCCAGCAACACCAACGCACAACAAUCAGGAUGGGGCAGCGCGAGCGAGCGCGCGGCGGCGGAGGCGGUGCGCGUGCUGGUGUGGUUGUGCCGGCGCGAGCAGACGCGCGCGCUGUGGCUGGACUACUUCGACCUGAUCCUGCUGAAGCUGAUCAACGCGUACGCGCUCAGCAAGGAGGUGAUGCGCGCUGUGGACGCCGGCAUGCCCCACAUCGCUAAUGCACUGCCAGCGCAUCAGGUGUUCGCGCUGCUGAAGCCGGUGAUCCGCACGCGCGGGUACCCCACCUCCUUGUGCGCGCUCAAGCUCGCCACAGAGGUGGCCAAGGCGCGCAGCUCCGAGCUCACUGACGACAUCGUCUCACAGCUCAUGGAGGGAGUCGGACAGUUGGCGGACCACCAGAACUCGGCGGUGCGCAAGGCGGCGGUGUUCUGUAUGGUGGCGUUCACGUUCGCGCUCGGCGAGGAGCGCAUGCAGCCGCAUCUCAAGCACCUCUCCGUCAGCAAGUUCCGCCUGCUGCAGGUGUACAUUGGUAAGCAACGCGAGGACGCGGCGCGCAGCAGUUCCGGCUCGUAGCGACGGCAGACAGCGCGCUUCGCGUGCCGCGCCACGCAGACUGACGCGUAGCACGCACGCGCACCGCACACGCACCGCGCCCGCACCGCGCACGCACUGCGCCCGCACCGCAUGCGUGUACACGUGCCGCAGAUAUCUUACCUAGAAACCAUAUCUAAUUUGCGAUAAAUCAUGGUAAACGACUCAGACCCCUCUCAUCAUCAUUUAUAUUUACCUGAAUCAUUAUUAAAAGUGACUAACAACGAACGACACUAGUGCUGCCUCAGCUAUCAGAUGUAACGAUAAAUUAAACCGGUUACAACCGGUUAUAACGAAACCGGUUGUAACCGCCUCGAGUGACGUCACAUCGCCAUCGCGCCGAACGGCUUUCGUCAUUUAAAACUGUAAAUUUCUUGAUUUUUUUUCUGUAUCGAAACUAAGCAUUUAUCUAACAAGAUAUUAAAUUUAAUAUUAUUAUAAAUUAGUUGAUUUUAUUUUAUAACCCAUGAAAAUUGAAAGAAACAAAAAAAUAUAUUAAAUCGUAAUAAAGAUUCCUUGAUGCUUUUAGAAUGUGAGAUUGAAUGGAAAACUAAUGUAUUAAAAAACACUCAAUCUUGUUCUUAAAUACGAAAAAUGCAUUUUUAACAAGUUUUUUUUCGACAAAUUGUGUAAA